AUGCCCUGCAAGCAGCUCUGGGUGCGGAGCUCCCAGGAGAUUGACACCUCCGAAAUGCCUGAGUGCAUUGCUCGAAUGACUCCGGCGGCGCAGCUACCAGCUACCAAGAAGAGAGAGGACACCAAGUUUUGUGCCUCCCUGUGCAGGCUGCUGGGCAGCAACAAGUUCAUGACGCUCAUGAUCUGCAUCACCUCCAUCGCCGCCAUCUCCCUGGCUGUGGAGACCAACUACCGCUGCCGGUUACGCUGGGGUACCUUUUUUGAGGUCACAGAUGCUUUCUUCAUCACUGUUUACACCACCGAGCUUUUGCUGAAGCUGUACGCGGAUCCCACUGCCUACUGGAAGAGCAGCUACGACAUCUUGGACGCCGCCAUCCUCCUCAUUGCCUUCCUCCCGCAUGUCUUGCCCGUGGACACCGCCACGCGCACCCACCUGGAGGGGACGACCAAAGGUCUCCAGACCCUCCGCAUACCCAAGCUCAUCAAGUACAGCCGCGGGAUGAGGGUUUUCACAGAGACCCUUGGCCAGGCGGUGCAGACAGUGAUGUAUGCCCUCAUCCUGCUGUUCCUGCUGAUGUUUGUGUUUGCCAUUUAGGGACAUGGAUGGUACCGAGAUCCCAAAACCGGAGACAUUGAAAACUGGGGCAGCUUGAAGGCCGCCCUCUUCACGCUCUUCAGUUUAGUAACCGUUGAUGGUUGGACAGACUUACAGCGCGAGAUGGAUCUUUAUGGGUUUACAAGCAGCCACGUGUUCAUAGUCGUGUUCAUCUUGCUGGGCAACUUCAUCUUCUUCAACACGUUGAUUGCACUUGUGAUUACCAGGUCACGCGAGCUCUGUGCAUUGAGUGUGCAUGCGCGUGACUUGACUCAGAAGUACGAACAGGACUGCAAAGCAGCGAAGGCGGCUGCUGUUUGGGCCAAGAAACAGAAGAUCCUGAAAAAGCAGGGGAAGAACGUGAGCAACGAAGUCACGCUCAGGCAGCACAAAAUCACUCAAGGUGAAGAUUUCAGUGAGCUGCUGGAUGACAUCAAAAAGACUUUGCACCACUCUGAUAUCAUCAUUAUGGAAGGUUUUUGUUUCACCAUCCCGUUUAUUGAUCUGUAUUUGCCGUUCCUGGACCUCCAGGAUGACACACUGAACAGGCUGCGCCCAUGCCUGGUGCCUGCCUCACCACGGGGUUACUGCCUGCGGGUGCAGAUCGGCGAUCCAGAUGGAGACCUUCGGGAGUCAGGUCCCCGGCCUCUGGGCUUAGAUGCUGCAAAGAAGAAAAUGACUGAGUUUCAGGGCGGGGGGGUCGGUGUUCAAGACUUCGACAACAACCGAAACUUGGCGGCAGGGUUUGGCUAA